AUGGAGCUCUGCGAGGCGCUGUCGUUCUGCGCGGAGGACGCCGGCGGGUACUUCCCCACGGAGGCAGCCGCGCGGGCGCUGGUGCGGCGGGCCGGCGGCGGCGGCGAUGGCACGGGGGCUACCCCGGACGUGAUUCUGCUGUCCGUGCGCGCCAUCACGUACCUCUGCGACGCCAUGCCGCGCGCCGGGGACGCCGUUGUCCGCCACGGCCUCCUCCCCGUGCUCUGCUCCCGGCUGCUAGCCAUCGAGUACCUCGAUGUAGCUGAGCAGAUAGUGGAGAAGGUUGCAGCUUGCUUGAUAAGCAUCGUGGACUCCUUUAGCACUUCAGUUGAUCUUGUGGACCAGCUCUGUCACCAGGGUGUUAUAGAGAAGGUCCUACCUUUGAUCCACACUGGUGGACUCAUGGCCCUUAGCCCAUCGACAUGCAGUAAUCUGAUUGGGCUUCUUGCUAAGCUAGCCUGUACUUCACUUGUGGCAGUGAAGUCUCUAUUUGAGCUGGGUGUUAGUAGCACAAUAAAGGGGAUUUUGAUCACUUCAGACAUCUCCCAUGGCAUGCCAUACUUGCCUCUGGAAAAACAAAACAAUCAGCAUCGGUAUGGCGCGUUUCUCCAAUCUUGGCAUCACAGGCUCAUCCAAGCUCGGUGCAGUGAGGUCGUCGAGGUCAAUGAAGUGGCACCAAAGCUUGGAGGGUGUGGAGUUAGGUCUUGGGGAAGGAGAAGCUUGGAAGACGUGGAGAAAAGUCUUGGUGGAGGAGAUGUGAGUCAGGCCCGAGGGCGGUGUUUGGAUUUAGGAGAGAUUGAGACUGUGUACGAGGGCAGGCGAUCGCAGGGGCAAAUUUUGGAUUUGGGGAGGUGA